AUUAACAUUACCCUCUAAACAAAUCGAGUACUUGAGACGGAGGGAAAGCGGGGCCUGUAUUGUACAGUGUCUGUCUUGGCCCUGGGGCACCGGUAUCAGGUCCGCAUCACAUCAGUCUCUGCAACUCCAUCGCGACGUUGGUUAACUUGCCGCCACCGUCAAUGUCCUCGUUGCCGUCAUCAUCGACGAUAUACAACAGCGUAUCGAUCUCAAUCUCCGACGAAGACAAUCCCGUCCGAAAUGCCAGACUCCAAGCCCUCAGGAGGCGCAAGGAACUGAGGAAUCGACGCAAAAAGAGACACAUCUUCUGGCGAGCCGUUACGAAUUUUCUCCGGAAAUGGUGGGAGAUUCUGCUAUUUCUUCUCGCCCUCGCAUACCUCUUGUUCGAGGCCUCCGGAAUCUUUUUCAAACCCCAACUUCCGCCAUCGGAUUUGGACCUGAACUCAUCGAAUCGGCUUGAUCUACCUGCUCAUGGCGGCAAAGGCGUCAAACAACGUUGCUUGAAGUUAUUGCCUCCUGAGGAACUUGAAGGUCUGGAUAUUCCUCCUGUUGGAGACCCCAUUUUGCCUGUUAAAAGAAUUGUAUAUUUGUUGGAUACUGAUAGGUCUCAUGAUGAUGCAAGCAGCACCACCCUGCAACGGCCUCAUACGGAAGUUACGAGGUUUAACUUGUUCACUGGAUACCAAACAGUUAAGGAGAGAGAUGAAAGUUAUAAGGUAAAUGAAACUGCUGUAGUGCAUUGUGGUUUCUACAGUGAAAAUGGAGGAUUUAAGGUCUCAGAUGUGGACAGAAGUUUCAUGCAAACAUGUGAAGUUGUGGUGUCCACUUGUACAUUUGGUGGGGGAGAUGAUCUAUAUCAACCUAUUGGAAUGUCAGAGGCAUCACUGAAAAAGGUUUGCUAUGUGGCAUUUUGGGAUGAAAUCACUCUUCAAACUCAGGAGUUGGAGGAACACAGAAUCGAUGAGAACCAUAUGAUUGGUCGAUGGAGAGUAGUGGUUGUCAGGGAGCUACCUUUUGUGGACCAACGUUUGAAUGGUAAAAUUCCAAAGAUGCUAGGGCAUAGACUAUUUCCUCGAGCGAGAUAUUCAAUUUGGGUGGACUCAAAGUCACAAUUUCGGAGAGAUCCUCUGGGUGUUCUGGAAGCAUUUCUUUGGCGCACAAACUCCUCACUUGCAAUAUCAGAGCACGGAGCUCGAAGUAGUGUCUAUGAUGAGGCAAAGGCUGUUGUCAAGAAAAACAAAGCCACCCCUGAAGAGGUUGAAGUGCAGUUGACACAUUAUCGCCAGGAUGGAUUUCCUGAGGACAAAAGGUUUAAUGGAAAGAAAGCUUUAGCUGAGGCUUCUGUCAUUGUGAGGGAACACACGGCAUUGACAAAUCUUUUGAUGUGCCUCUGGUUCAAUGAGGUAGUUCGAUUCACUUCACGUGACCAGCUCAGUUUCCCCUAUGUGCUGUGGAGGCUGAGAGUGCUUAGGAAUAUCAACAUGUUCCCUGUCUGUACUCGUAAGGCUCUUGUGAACAGUAUGGGCCAUAAGCGCAAGGCUAAACCUCUAAUCAGUUGAUAUUCUUUAGUGAUCAGAGAUAGGGGACAUGAAGAGAAAUGGCUUCCUCAUCUUGCAUCGACAGUGAAAUGACAAAAACUAGCCCUGCACGGAGAGCCAGCAAACUCAGUCUUCCAUGUGGUUCUUACUAGCACUUGACGAUUUACGUGUAAGCUUUACAAAACAUUAGUAUCGAAUGCCUAUACCAAAAAUCACCAGAACUUUUCGAUCACAAUCCGUUUGGAGGAACUUAUAGCCUUGUGCCUACUGAUUGUGGAUUUGGGAAGGUUUGGGACUGAUUCUUUUAGAAACAAAUUAUUUUAGUUUUUUUUUAGUUUUUUAUAAAAAGACGUACAAAAAAGUGAAAAGGAUGGUAUAACAUUUUAUAAUAAUUUUUUGAUUUUUUAAUUAAAAUAUGUCGUUCCCAAUCGAACAAGGCUAUAACUUCUUCCAAAUGGAUUGUGAUCAACAAGUUCUGGUGACGUCCAUCACUAAUAAUCGAUCACUGUUGGAGUGGGGUUCAUAGCUCGAUAUUUCAGUCAAAUUCAAAACAAGAGUCAGACUCUACAUUUCUCUUGAUCUCCCUCGUGUAGGUGAGUUUUAUUAAUCUGUUACAAAGCAUUGAUUUGAAAUUUGUCAUGCCAUAAACUUAUUUAUUUAUUUUAUCUCUUUGAAGAUGUAAUUUUACUCUAUUGUUUUUUAUCAUUGGCCUACAUGCACGUGCCUUCGGAAAGUUCGCUCCUGUGUCUUCUUCUGGACAAUCUCUCUCUCUCUCUCUCUCUCUCUCUAUAUAUAUAUAUAUAUAUGUGUGAACAAGGUAGGUAGGUUUAUCUGCUCGCAAGUAGUGAUGAGUGAGAAAUGCAUGGGUGCAACAGUGUUCUAGGCAAACAAAGAUUCGAUAUGGCAAAGUGAUUAAAGAAAGAAAAGUCCUCUUAAAACUUUAGGGACUGCGAAUGAGGUUUUAAAAACCUUAUAUAAUUGUUGGCAAUAGAAUAGAUAAAUGACUCUGCCAUGAAUUUAGUGGUUGUUUGGAAUGUUCUAAAUAAGUGUAUUUUUUGACUUUUUAUGAAAUAUGGAUUGGGUUUGACGUGAUGUGGUAGAAAUGUGAUGUGAUUUAAAUAAGAUAAUGUGACUUAAAUGAAAUAAUGCCUUGCAUUCCAGUGAGCUAUGGUAUAGAAUUCAAUUAUGAUGGUUCUUUUUU